GCGCUGGCUGCGCCUGCGCCUGUCAUUGCCGGGGUGUUUGUUCCUGCGGAGAAGCCGGCGCCAUGGCGGUUCUCUUGGAGACCACUCUGGGCGACGUGGUCAUCGACUUGUACACCGAAGAGCGUCCUCGUGCUUGCUUGAAUUUUUUGAAGCUGUGCAAAAUAAAAUAUUACAACUACUGCCUCAUUCACAAUGUACAGCGGGACUUUAUCAUACAAACAGGAGAUCCCACAGGGACUGGCCGUGGAGGAGAGUCUAUAUUUGGGCAACUGUAUGGUGAUCAAGCAAGCUUUUUUGAGGCAGAAAAAGUACCAAGGAUUAAGCACAAGAAGAAAGGCACUGUGUCCAUGGUGAACAAUGGCAGUGAUCAACAUGGAUCUCAGUUUCUUAUUACUACAGGAGAAAAUUUAGAUUACCUUGAUGGUGUUCAUACAGUAUUUGGUGAAGUGACAGAAGGCAUGGACAUAGUUAAGAAAAUCAAUGAGACCUUUGUCGACAAGGAUUUUGUACCAUAUCAAGAUAUCAGGAUAAAUCAUACAGUGAUUUUAGAUGACCCCUUUGAUGACCCUCCUGAUUUAUUAAUUCCUGAUCGAUCACCAGAACCUACGAAGGAGCAAUUAGAUAGUGGUCGAAUAGGAGCAGAUGAAGAAAUUGAUGACUUCAAAGGAAGAUCAGCUGAAGAAGUAGAAGAAAUAAAGGCAGAAAAAGAGGCUAAAACUCAAGCUAUUCUUUUAGAGAUGGUGGGAGACCUGCCUGACGCAGAUAUUAAACCCCCGGAGAAUGUGCUGUUUGUGUGUAAACUGAAUCCAGUGACCACAGACGAGGACUUGGAGAUCAUAUUCUCAAGAUUUGGGCCAAUAAGAAGUUGUGAAGUUAUCCGAGAUUGGAAAACAGGAGAGUCCCUCUGUUAUGCUUUUAUUGAAUUUGAAAAGGAAGAAGACUGUGAGAAAGCAUUCUUCAAGAUGGAUAAUGUGCUUAUAGAUGACAGGAGAAUUCACGUGGAUUUUAGCCAGUCUGUUGCAAAGGUUAAAUGGAAAGGAAAAGGUGGGAAAUAUACCAAGAGUGAUUUCAAGGAGUAUGAAAAGGAACAGGAUAAACCAGCCAAUUUGGUUCUAAAAGAAAAAGUAAAGCCCAAGCAAGAUGCAAAAUACGAUCUAAUACUAGAUGAACAGGCAGAAGACUCAAAAUCAAGUCACUCACACACAAGUAAAAAACACAAAAAGAAAACCCGUCACUGCUCUGAAGAAAAAGAAGAUGAAGAUUACAUGCCAAUCAAAAAUCCUAAUCAGGAUAUCUACAGGGAAAUGGGAUUUGGCCAUUAUGAAGAAGAAGAAAGCUGUUGGGAGAAACAGAAGAAUGAAAAGAGAGACCGACGUCAGAACCGCAGUCGUAGCCGGUCUCGAGAAAGGGAUGGCCACUAUAGCAACAGCCACAAACCCAAGUACCAGACAGAUCCUUAUGAGAGGGAAAGGAGCAGAAAGAGGGACCGAAGCAGAAGUCCAAAGAAAUCCAAAGAUAAAGAAAAAUCCAAGUACAGAUGAGCAGAGAGGAGGCAGAUGGAAUGUAGUAGGUCUGCCCGGCCAGACUUGGGGUGUGCAGCCGCUCUCAGUUCCUGCCUGCACAGCCGACUGUGGUCUCCAUGUCAGCAUUGUUGCCUUUCAGGGUACACUGAUGGUGUGGGGCUCUGGAAGAGAGGGGGCAUUUUAUGUAUACUUUUUUAUACAAAUUUUAUUGUUAUGUAUACUUGGUAACGUUCAUAGUUAACAUCUUUCAUAGUUUCAGUCUUUUAAAAAUGAAUCGUUGCAUAUCACAGAAGUCCGCAAACUUGUAUAUAAGACAUACAGCCUUGAAAGUGGAAGUGUUCUGUACCUAGCUGCAGCAUAAGAGAUAAGAGUAUCACUCAGUAUGAAAAUUCCAUGUGAUCCUUCUCCUUGCAGGGGUUAUUCUGAGUUGCAUUUGCCCUGCUGUUAAUUUUGUAUGUUUUUGAAUUUUUAUACAAAUGGCACAAUGUAUAUUUCCUCUGUACUUCCUUUUUCUUGGAGUCCAUUGAUUUUUAUGGUUAUGUAGUUGUGUGAAGGUGAUUCAGUUAAUGGACUUUUAGGUUGUUUGUUAGUUUUCGCUGUCUAAGGAAUGCCACUGUGAACAUUUCAGUUGGGCAUGGCACUGUCUGGCCAUUUGUUUUGCAUUUUGAUGCAUUUAUAGUUAUGGCUGCUCUAAUUUACCUGGUUUGUGAAUUUGUAUGGGGGCAGGGGUAGCCAUGAGAGUAUCAGUCUACCAUACAGCUUGGAGCACAUUUGCUCCACUAUUGUACAUAUUUUUGACCACUAAUAGAAAAAGCUUAAUUACAUCAGAAGCUAGCAUCUUUUCUGGGGAGAUGGCUCAGUUGGUACAGUGCUUCUUCACCAGCAAAGGACUGAGUUCAGAUCUUCACCACAUACCCAAGUGUGCCAGUGCGUGUGAGUAAUCCAGCAUUGUGGGGACAGGAGCGGGUGCAGCUCCGGGUAGUGAGAGAGAAACCUUUUCUCAGUGAGGGCCACUGAGGGAGAGCUUCGCACUGACCUCAUGCCUCCAAAUACUGUCCAUACACACACACACACACACACACACACACACACGAAUAAACAGCUGUCCUGCACACAGAACUGUGGGUGUUGCUCACACAGAUGUUCUAAAACAACUUCUGGAAGAAUGAGCAAGAGACAAGCUGGGAGCAGUGAGGAGUCACCUACUGACAGCUGAGACUCCAUUUAAGAGUUCUGGAGUAUUGGGGUGGGAAAUUGAUGCACCAAACAUUUCAAGGAAAACAUAUCCUUGAUUGCAGGUUGUAAGAAGCUCUUUUUUUCCUGAUGUAUUUAGCAGUAAUUUUAUAUGCUUAUGGGGAUGUAGUAUGUUUGAUAUAUGUUCAUACUCUGAAGCAAGUAAAUCCAUAUUACAAACAGCUA